AUGGCAGAUGCUCAGCUCGCCGCUCUGGAGAUCUUUCUCCGGAGUCAUUCUAGCAUUAAAUACACCGCACCUUCGUCACCCGAGUUCUCCACCGUGCGUAAAGUGUGGAAUCUAGCCCGUCCGGACACCCCGCUUGCCUUCGUUCAUCCACAAAACGCAGAGGAUGUGAGGGUGCUUGUUCAAUUUGUCAAGUCGAUGGGGAUUAAAUUCACCGUCCGCACGGGCGGACACAAUCUCGAAGGCCGAGCCCUCGUGGAGGGUGCCCUCGUCAUUGAUCUUCGGGCUCUUACAGGCGUUAAGGUUGCUGAAGAUCGUCAAUCGGCUACAGUGGAGGGAGGCAUCCUGCAGGGAGAACUAGGCACAAAACUAUGGGCUGAAGGAGUGGCCACACCCACCGGAUCAAUUCCGUCCGUUGGAUAUGUCGGGUGGGCGAUGUACGGAGGAUAUGGCCUCUUCUCAGCACACUGGGGACUAGGAGCUGAUCAGAUCCUUGGUGCCACCAUCGUCAAUCAUAAUGGGGAGAUCACCAAGGCGGAUGAAAAGCUCCUGAAGGGUUUCCGUGGGGCAGGAGGCGUGUUUGGGGUGAUUGUUGAUCUUACAAUCAAGGUGUAUCCACUGAAAAGCCUUCUUGCCGGGGCAAUCCUGUUUAAUUCCGAGAAUAUCAGCAAGGUCUUUGUCGACUUCAACGCAGCAUACCAAAAGUUAUUAGAAAAGGGCAUUCCACCUCAGCUAACCAUCCAACAAGCUGUAUUCAACGCGCCUCAUGGACGCCUCUUCGCCGCCAUUCUUGCCUGGAGCGGUGACAACAUUGAAGAAGGCAAGCACUGGAGCGACCAAAUUGCUAGCCUCGGACCGCUUCUUAUGAACACUGUCGCCGAGACGACAAUCCCCGACUGGUUUGCUGGAAGCGCAGCCUUAGUUCCGUUAAGUGUAUAUGGAUCCAGCCGGACACUCAACGUGAACCAUAUUACGCCCGAGCUUGCCGAAGCAAUCGCCCGCAAUCUACCCACUCUGCCGUCUGAUCCAGGUACCAUGAUCUCCAUACAUCAGUUACGGGGCCCCUCCGCCGCACCAAAAGAUAACUCCGUUUUUGGUGCAAGAGAACCGCACUAUAUGCUCGAGAUUCUCGGGUACGCCACUGUGGAGGAUCGCAAGAAUGAAGCUGAGAAAUGGGCAUCUGAUAUCGCGGAUGCGGUCUCGAAGACUGAGGCUGGAAAUAUUCUUCCCACGACGUAUAUUUCUUGUAUUCAUCUACCAAGUGUGGGGUAG